UCACAGAGACAUUCAUCCAGGGUAUUAGGAAAAACCAAGCCUCCCCUUAGGAAUGGCACUUGUCUGAGAGUUUCCUCAGCACACAGCUCCUGAAAAGCCACCAGGCUUGUGAAAGGAGAACAGAGGGGCUAUUGGGAUACAAAUUACAGCUCUCUCAGGAUUUGCCCGACAGAGCGGCCGAUUUGGAAGACGUUGGUACCUGAGGAGUAAAACAAAGAGGAAACAAUGACAGACGAUCAAGACCUUUCUGAGGUGGAGAUGAGUCCUGUGGGUUCUGAAGACCACCACUGCCUCUCUCCAGGACCUUCCAUGGCAUCAGAUGCUAGCUCUCACCUUAGCAACCCCAGCAGCGGUGAGAUGGGGAAGGUGAAGAAGGAACAGCAGGACUCAGAAGCGGACGACGACAAGUUCCCAGUGUGCAUCAGGGAGGCAGUGAGCCAGGUGCUGAGUGGCUACGACUGGACCCUGGUGCCCAUGCCUGUGCGGGUCAAUGGAAGCAGCAAGAGCAAGCCCCAUGUCAAGCGGCCCAUGAAUGCCUUCAUGGUGUGGGCGCAAGCGGCCCGGAGGAAGCUGGCAGAUCAGUAUCCUCACCUCCACAAUGCAGAGCUUAGUAAGACGCUUGGGAAGCUCUGGAGAUUGUUGAAUGAAAGCGACAAGCGUCCCUUCAUUGAGGAGGCGGAGCGGCUGCGAAUGCAGCACAAGAAGGACCACCCUGAUUACAAGUACCAGCCGCGCCGGCGGAAAAAUGGCAAGGCCGCCCAGGGUGAAAAUGACAGCCAGGCCGAGGGAGAAGCUGGUGGAGCAGCUGCAAUACAGGCACAUUACAAGAACGCCCAUUUGGACCACAGGCACCCUGGGGAAGGCUCUCCCCUGUCUGACGGGCACCCUGAACACCCCUCAGGUCAGAGCCAUGGACCUCCCACACCACCGACCACUCCAAAGACAGAACUGCAGUCCGGUAAGGCUGACUCCAAGAGGGAGGGGCGUUCCCUUGGGGAAGGAGGAAAGCCACACAUCGACUUUGGCAAUGUGGAUAUUGGGGAGAUCAGCCACGAAGUGAUGUCCAACAUGGAGCCCUUCGACGUCAACGAGUUUGACCAGUACCUGCCGCCGAAUGGACAUGCUGCUCACCCAGGUCAUGUCGGAGGCUAUGCCACAGCUGCUGGUUAUGGCCUUGGGAGUGCCCUGGCUGCAGCCAGUGGACACUCGGCCUGGAUCUCCAAGCAGCAUGGAGUCUCCUUGUCUGCUGCCACAUCAUCGGUGGUAGACUCCAAGGCACAAGUGAAAACAGAGGGCUCUGCUCCGGGGGCCCAUUACACUGACCAGCCCUCCACUUCACAGAUAGCAUACACCUCUCUCAGUUUGCCCCACUAUGGCUCAGCUUUCCCCUCUAUAUCCAGGCCUCAGUUUGACUACCCUGACCACCAGCCCUCAGGACCCUACUACGGCCACUCCAGUCAGGCUUCCGGCCUCUACUCGGCCUUCUCCUAUAUGGGGCCCUCCCAACGGCCCCUAUACACUGCCAUCUCUGACCCGGCACCUUCAGUGCCACAGUCUCAUAGCCCCACACACUGGGAGCAGCCUGUAUAUACGACCCUCUCGAGACCCUAGGGAACGGGGAGCAGUGACCAAAGCAGCAGCGGAAAGGCUCCGGAGAAUCAGCCCCAGAAGACGAGCCUCCGGGUCCCGAGGUCAUUCGGUGUAAUCCAGUCGCCAGAACCCACAGAAUAUCCGGGCGUGUCUAUCUUGACCGCAGUUAUCGAUGGCUCACCUGGCUGGAGGAAGGUUCCCAGCCACACCCCACAAUCCCAGUCCUUGAUUGGCUUCCGAGGUCCCGUAGGCCUUCUAGAUGAGGACGAUUCUAGGCACGGAGCAACUAGUCAUGGCGGGUUUUUUUGUUUUUGUUCAGAAGACCAAGGGUUUAAAACAAAAUAAAAUUGAGAGAUAAUCCCUUCCCUUCUCUCCCCCUCCCUGAAGUUGUCCAGACCCAUCAUCCUGAUGGUUUAGAAAGAAACACAAUGGACGCAAUUCUGCCACUCGCUGUGGGUGAAGGCUAGGUGGGCACCCUGGUGGGGUAAUGUUACAGAUGGAGAAGUAGAAUGGUGCAGCCGUCCGAUAUGGACCAUGCUCUAGGACAUUCCUGCUUCAGAGUCGCACGUGCAUGAAAUGUUGCUCCCCAUUGGAAGACCAACCUAUGCUUGCUUUUCCUGUUGAUAUUUGGCACCUGCGCCCACUUUCCCUUAUCCAUUCCAUCGCCUCUCUGCUGCCUGGCUCUCUUAAGACUUAACUACACAGUACUUUGGACUCAGGAACUGCAUUAUAUGCUCUGGCCGCCUUUGCAUCGCAGCAUGUAAGCAUGUGCAUACAUGCUGGUCCCUUGGACCGUAAAAAAAGCAAAUGGGACUGAAUCCAACUUUGUUGUUAUGAACAUUUUGUAUUCCUAGUUUGUUUCCAACACUUUGUGGCUCCCUUCUAAACUCCCCCAGCUACCUUUCUAACAUGCCAGAAGAUACCCUACCAAAGCCAAUACUUUUCCUUCCGGCUUACAAGAGUGAUUGUGUGUCUAUAUGCGUGUGUGCACAUGUGUGUGCAGAGUGGGUGAGGGAAAGCAGAAAGAUAUCAGUGCCUGGAACGGUCAGUGUGGUUCUCCUAUUUUCUUAAACACAGACCAAAUGCGCAGGGAGAACUUCUACAUGAACACAAUGCUAGAACAGACAUAUCCUCAUUCCCCCAUGAAAGACAGCUCAAGGCGUUUUGGUGCCUGAGGCAGAGCAUGCACAUGGCUUGCCAAAAACAUUAUAAACUAAAUCACCAAUCAUUUGCUCCCGCUUUCCAAAAUCUGCUGUGUGCCAGAGGCUGCCUCACCCUGCCUCCUGGCAGGGCCAAUCCCUGUCACAUGUUCAAAAUUGUUAAGAGCUAAGUUCUGUCUUUGCCACAACAAGGAGGACCUUGCUGGUGUAAGUGAUGUGGAAUGGGCAGUUAAAGAAGAAGUAGGGCUGUGCAGAAUUCAGAUGAACCCAUGUUCACUUUUGAGUUUUUCAAAUGGAGGCAGCCUCCUCAGCUAAAUCAAACUUUGCCUUUAUUUUCCUCUUCUCCGUGGCCCUGAUGCAUGCCCAUUCCACAGCUUCAAAAAAGAAUGAGCAUGUCACUUUGAUGGCUGCCGUGACUUAAGACGGUACCCAAAACACACCCUGGAGAGGCCAGACACUGUGCAGUUGCAUGAGGAUAGACCCACAACUGGCCACCAUGUACAUUGUGGUACUUGCUGUUGUUCCUAGCCCCUUUGGAUUGAGACGACUGAGGCUAACCUCCCCAAAAGUUAUGAGCUUUAUAUAUGCUUGACUCCAUUUUUCUGCUAUGGAUGAUUAUCUCUUCUCCAUGGUGUUUGAAAAGAACAUGUAGUAUGCCUGUAAUCCUUGUAUGCAUGCAAUCUAUUAACUGCUCUACACCCUUAUUUAUGGAAGUAGCACAUCCUCCCCUGUUCCCAGCACCACAACCCUCUAGCACCAUUAACUUUGCAUCAAAUGUAUGGAAUAAUAAACUUAAGAGGUUUCAGCUA